GAAGAAGGUGAAUUUCAAGGUGGAUAUAAAAAAUGAUCUUUUUUACAAUUUCACACCAAAUGGAAAUUUAUAACCUGAAUAAGAUCAAAUUCCCUACACAAAGAAAUUCUUCAGCAUAAGUGUGAUAAUGGCAUGCUCAAAAUAUAUAUCUACGAAGGAGACAACACAUGCUGCACGUGUUUCCCGGCUAUUGUUGGAUCCCUGUACUGACCUAUUUAGAGACAUUCUAAGGGAUCAUGUGACAGAAAUUCAGUUACCAGGUAUUCUUCAAACAGAGAAGACUACAUUAACCCCAAUCUUAAAUAAAGCCCAAAGAGAAUUACUUUAUCCCAGAACAGGCAAUUUUACUGGGACAUAUAAAGAAUUUGAUUUAUCUUUAUUGUACAUUUUAUUGCGAAAUGUAUCAGGAAUAAAGGCUCAUCAGAAUGGAUGGGCAAAAUCACCUAAUCCACUGGAUAGAUCUUUGUCUGCCAAUAUCGAUCGAAUUAGAGAGACCAGGAACACGUAUUGUGGACAUGCGGUGACAGUUUUCCUUUCUGAGAGUGAUUUUCAAAACCUUUGGCAAGAAUUGACAAUUAUUAUCGGUGAGCUUGAAUGUAGCCUUCCUGGAGGAUGCACAACUUACACAGAUGCUGCAAAUUUGAUUAAGACUGUCACUAUGGAUCCUGAACAAGAGAAGAUGUUUCUUGAUAAAAUAGAUGAACAGCAUCAAAAUGCACAGGAUAUCAAAGAUAUGGUUGUUGCACAACAAACACAGCUAAAGGAACUGAAAGCCGAGCAAUAUAGACACGGUACUAAGCUGGAUAAAGUCAUUAUUGAAGAGAAUCGACGAGACAAGAAUGUCGAUUCUGAAUGUAGAAAUAUUAUAGAAAAUACAAAAGCAGUUUUGGAAGCUCACAAAUUGCAGAAAGUCAACAAAAGAACCUCAGGUGUACAAAACACUAUAGAGAAACUCAAAGAGAGUCAUAUAGCUAUUCUGACAGGGAGGGCAGGGUCAGGAAAAACCACUACAGCGUAUCAAGUCAUGUGUGAGAUGUCUGAUCCUUCAAUAGAAUCGCCAUAUACCCCUGUUUUAAUAAAAUUGCCAGAACAAUGGGUGAAAGUCAUAAAUCCUAACUAUCGAUAUCUUGUAUUUCUUGAUGAUGUUAUUGGUUUAACAAAUCUAGACAAAGGCGCAGUCGAAAAAUGGAGAAACCAGCUUGAUGUUAUGAUUGCAUGUGCUAAAACUAGAGAUGUUUUGGUGUUGAUUGGCCUUAGAAGAAACAUAUUGGAUGAGGCAAAGGAUCACUUCAUGCACGUAAAUCUUGAUGACAAUAUCGUUGAUCUGUCGUCAGUGGAUAAUUUUACUAUUAAAGAUAAAGCUGAAAUGCUGGCAAUGUAUGAAGGAAACUGCAACUUUAAAGCCUCCGAGUUAUAUGGAGAGGAAUUUACUCAGUAUUCGAGAGAAAAUGGGUUAAAUGCUGUUUACAGACUCUCUGACCGCGAAAAGGAGGCGAUUCUUUUCAUCAACCCAUUCUAUGGAUUCCCAUUGACAUGUUUUCAGUUCUUCUCAAGACGUGACUUUUUUCAACUUGGUCCUUGCUUCUUUAAGCAACCAGAUAAAAAAUUAUUUGAUGCAGUAGAGAACAUGCGACGGGCAAAAGGUGGAUCAGCCUUUGAAAAAGUAAAGUAUUGUGUUUUAUGUUAUGUUUUUAUUCAUGGAAGCAUUGAGCCGUUUGGCAUAAACGGCAACCUAUUUAAAGGCAUCAGUGAAAAAAUGAAGAUAUCGGAUGUUCUAGAUAUUGAUAUUAAAGACGCAAUAAGUGAUUUAAGCGGUUUUUUCCUGGCAAAAUCAGAAAUAGAUGGAUUAUACAAAUUCUGUCAUGAAACUGUUCUGGAGACCAUUUUAGUAUCCUUUGGACAACUAGCUCCAGACGUCGUAAUCAAGCAUUGUAGUACAGAAAACAUGCAUGAACUGAUUUGCACUGAAAAUUAUAAAUCCAAACCUGGUGAAGUUGUUCUCAAGAUUCCAAAACAGUAUUUUAAAGACUUGAGACAGAGAAUUUUAAAUGAUAUUGGUGAUUGCGAACCUGACGAAUUUAUGAAUGUUAAUACGUUAAAUAUCUCUCUCAUAAUGUACUACCCUGUACUCUGUGACCCAGAAUUUGUCUCUUUUUUCUUUAAUUGCAAUUUCCCAAGUUAUGAAUAUGAGUCCUUGUUCCUGAUCCUAACAGAACCAUUUAUACGGGGCAAAAAUGAUGUUAUAUUAAUAGAGCUUCUAGAGCGUUUUGGACCCCAACAUGAUACGCUUCAAAAAUCUGAUCUCAAGAAAGAUUCUCUCAAAAACGAAAUUAUCGAAACCAAAAAUGAGAAUGAGGAAUCAAAAGCUUGUCCUGACAAAACCAAUUUGAGAAAAUCUACGAUUCGUAUCCCCAAGUUUGAAAUUUCGAAAAUGGUUCUUGAAAGGACGUUGAGAGAGUUUUGUAAUUUCGAGAUGCGGACUAGUGUAAUGAGUAUCUUACAUUAUAUUCAAAAGUACCAUAUUCUACAUAGUGUGCUUGAUUUGAUAAACAUAAGAACCAAUCUGACUGUUCUUCAUUUUUGUGUUUUGCAUGGAUGGGAAGACAUAGUUGACAAAAUACUUAAAAUAAGAUCACCAACAAAGACAGUGCACAACUGGUCAUGUACUCAUUUGGCAGCUUUUGCGGGAAGAUCUGUUAUAUUGCAGAAGUUCAUAAAUUUUGGAGAAGAUUACACCGAAAAAACAUUAGACGGGUUUACUUGGCUACAGACAGCUCUUCUUGGACUCAGAUAUGGACCAUGUAGAGUCCGUAUGCCUUUGCUUAAUGCUACAACAGAUAUACCCUUUUAUAUGUUCAUGGGUAUGAUUUUUCCAGGAAGUGAAGAAUAUAUGAAUGUGAUCAACAUUUUCGAAACAAAAAGUGUCCAACAUAUCAAAGAUGACAUACUUAUGAAAGUUGAUGAGUAUGAAAACAGCAUUGUACAUUAUCUUGUUAUUCAUAACUAUAUUGAUAUUCUAAACCUACUUCUGAAAUACAAUAAGAACAUUGCCUUUGGUCGAAAUAGGAGUGAUCUCCCUACAGCAUUACAUGUAGCUGUAUAUCUUGGAAGACCAGAAAUAGUGCGAUUAUUGUGGAAUAUGGGAGUGCGUUCUUCUGACAAUGAACUGUCUUGUAAGGGGACGCUUGAAAGUGGGGAGAUGUUUUCCGGAAAAACGAUGUCCUUUGACGUUUUCAUUUCUCGCAGUGAAGGUUCAAAAUGUAAGGUUAAAGAAACAUGUUGGAAUGACGAAAAGAAUGAAUUUCCGGAGAUGAAAUUGAAAACAAUAGAACUUGUAAAAGUUGUUUUCGGAAAUGCUAACGAAUUUCAAAGUGUUAGAGAUUUCCUGAAUGUUAUUCAGCAAUUGUAG